GAACCCAGUAUCCCAGACUCUGACACACCCCAAUCCCUGCGGCCCUCCAGGGUCCCCCCAGCCCCCUAUAACCCUCUCAGAUCCCAAUAUGCCCACAGACCCUGAUGUACACAGUCCCUGCAGCCCCUCUGAACCCCUCCAUAGCCCCCCCAGCUACCCAAAUUCACCAGUACACCCAGUACAGCCCACUGGAGACCAGUAUAACUCAGUACUUCCCCCGAGGAACCAAACCAGGAUCCCCCCAGGACAGGGCAGGAUGUAUGCUCCACUGCUGGUGACACUGGUGACACUGGUGACAGUGCCCACGCGCGUCUCUCCCUACGGCUUCCGCAACUGCAUCCAGGCUCCGUGGGACCUGGGGCUGUUCCGCUGCGUCCAGCGCUUCCUGACCACCGUGGGGGCUGCCGUGGGUGACCUCCCCGCCAACACCACCUCCCUCAACCUCUCGGUCAACACCCUGCACCAGGUGCCCCCUGACGCCUUUGCCACCUCCCGGCUCCGCACCCUCGACCUGACCCACAACCGGCUGGAGUUGCGCCCGGGGGCUUUCCGUGGGCUGCUGGCACUGACCCACCUGGACCUGGCCCACAACCACCUGUCAGUGCUGCCCACAGGGGUCUUCACUGGGCUGGGCAACCUGAGCACGCUGCGGCUGGACCACAACCCGCUGCUCGCUGUGGCCCCGGGGGCCCUGCGGGCACUGCCCAUGCUGGCCACACUGCAGCUGCGGGGAGGCCUGAGUGCCCUGGGCCCCGUGGCCACGGCUGUGGGGCACCUUCCCCGCCUGGGUCUGCUCGACCUGUGCGGCAACACCCUGUCAGCACUGGCGCCGGUACCACCUGCACUGAGGGUCCUACUGCUCUGCAACAACUCCCUGGGGGCUCUGUCAGGGGCGGCCCCCGAGGUGCUGCCCGAGGGGCUGCAGGUGCUUGACCUGUCCUACAACAACAUCUCGGACCCAGCACCCCUUGGCCGGCUGCACCUGUACAACCUGACACGGCUGCACCUGGCUGGGAACCCACUGGACGUGGCACGGCUGCUGAGGGUGGUACCCCCGCGGUGCGUGGACGUGUCAGGCCUGCAGGUGGGCGCGGGGGGCUUGACCGAGUUGUGCCAGCACCUUGCGGGGCCGUGGCUGCAGCGGCUGCAGCUGCGGCACAUGGGGCUGGCAGCGAUGCCUGCCAACGCACUGGCUGACUGCCCGGUGCUGGGUGCCCUGGACAUAUCUGGCAACCGGCUGCAGAAUUUGAGCUGUGUGGGGCAGCUGCUGGGCCCGGCACAGCGCGCGGCGCUGGGUGAGCUGGUGGCCGAGCACAACCUACUGCGGUGGCUGCCGUCGUGCCACGGGGCCCCAGUGCUGCGGCGGCUCUACAACGUGUCCCUGCGCUUCAACCGCAUCCUGGUGGCCGGUCCCCGUGCCUUCGCCAACACUCCAGCACUGCGGCGACUGCGGCUGGAUGUGAACGGACUGGCGCGGCUGGACCGUGCGGCGCUGUGGGGACUCCACAACCUGCAGCACCUGCGACUCGACAACAACCUGCUCACCGACCUCCUGCCUGGCUCCUUUGCCGACCUGCACCAGCUGCGUACUCUCAACCUGCGCAACAACCGCGUGGCUGUGCUCUUCCCCGGCACCUUCAGGGGGCUCAUACACCUGCAGACCCUUGACCUGGGUGGCAACAACCUGCGGCACUGCGGCCGCCGCGCUCCAGGGGCCUGCCCCCAGCUGUUCCGGCUCUACCUGGACCGCAACCGGCUGCUGGAGGUGAGCGAGGGCAGCGUCCGGCCAGUGCAUACCACGCUGGGCGUGCUAGACCUGGCGCGCCAAUGCGCUGCGCUACCUGAGCAGCACCCACGGCAGCCACCACCAUUCCGCCACCUGCACCAGCUCUAUGACCUGACGCGGCAGGCGCAGCAGCCGUACGGGCUGCGCGUUGGUCCCCACAUUCGCUUCUUCCAGGGCUUGGGUGCCCUGCGCUCACUGUACCUGUCACAGAAUCAACUCUCGGCUGUGCCUGCCGACGCCUUCGACGACCUGGCACAGCUACAGUACCUGACGCUGGACGACGGCAGUGUGGGAUGGGUGCCCUGCCUGCCGCGUCUUCAAGAACCUGAGCGCCUGCGCAGUCUGGACCUGGAGGAGCGCGGGGCUGCGUGGGCUACGGCCGAGGUCUUUGGCAAUAUGACGCAGCUGGAGGAGCUGCGCCUGGCCAAGAACGAGCUGCGCGGGCUGGACACGGCACUUACCACACGCCUGCCUGCCCUGCGCUACCUAGACCUGCGCAAAUCACUGAGCUGCAGCUGUGCCAACGUCUGGCUGCCAGCCUGGCUGGCACAGGGACUGUGCAGGUGGUUACCUGUACAACUACACCUGCGGCGAGGCGGGCGGGGCCCCGGCAUACUGCACAGCUUCGACACACGUGUGUGCUACCUGGACAUGGGGCGGUACCUGUUCGCAGGGACAGCACCGGCCGUGCUGCUACUGCUGGCGCUGCCGCUGCUGCACCACCGCGGGUACUGGCGGCUGCGCUACCACCGUACCUGCUGCAGGCAUGGGCACCGCGGACGCUGGCGGCGGGGAGCGGCGCCGCUACACCUACGACCCUUCGUGUCCUACAACUCUGCGGACGAGCGCUGGGUGUUGGAGGAGCUGGUGCCCGAGCUGGAGCACGGGGCCCUGCGGCUCUGCCUUCACCACCGUGACUUCCGCCCCGGCCGCGCCAUUGUGGACAACAUCGUGGGCGUGUACAACAGCCGGCGCACGGUGUGCGUGGUGAGCCGCGGGUACCUGCGCAGCGAGUGGUGUUCGCUGGAGAUCCAACUUGCCAGCUACCGCCUCUUCGACGAGCUGCGUGAUGUCCUUGUGCUCGUCUUCCUCGAGGACAUCCCUGAGGCUGAGCUCUCAGCCUUCCACCGCAUGCGCCGUGUGCUGCUGCGCCGCACCCACCUGCGCUGGCCCAGGGAACUCUUGCCCGGCCCCUCUCUGGGCCAAGCUCAGGGGUGCCCUGAGUGGUGGGGAUGAGGAGGAGGAGGACAGGGAGAGGGAGAGAGGCACAACAGGGACCCCCAGGGAGGUUCCCCCUCAGAACAGCAGCUUUCUGCCCCAAAUCGUGAUUUUGUCUCUGGGGAAUGUGCCUGAGCAGUGAGGAGAAAGAGGAGGAGGAGGAGGGGAGUGGUCAGGGAGGAAGGCUGUCCUGACAUGGCUGGGAUCCCUGGGGAGAUUCCCCUCAGAAAAACAGUUUUGUGCCCCAAAAUCACUGGGUUUCCUCUGGGGAAUGUGCCCUGGGCAGUGAGGAGGAGGAGAGGACAUGGAGAGGGAGUGAGAAGGAGGAAGGUAUGUCUGGCACGAUCAGGACCCCCAGGGAGGUUCCCCCUCAGAAAGCAGUUUCUGCCCCCAGCUCACUGUUUUUUUCUCUGGGGAAUGUGCCCUACACAGGGAGGAUGAUGGCAAGGAGGGGGAGUGG